AUGGCGCCCAAGAAACCCAAGCCUCCCAAAAAGCCGAAACCACUCGUCAAGAAACCUGUCAAGAAACCCGGCAAAAAAGGCGUCAGGUUGCCCAGCAAGAAGCCCAUCAAGAAGCUGCCCGUAAAAAAGCCACCUGUCAAGAAGUCACCACCCAAGAAGCCCAAGCCGCCUGCAGAGAAGGCUCCUGCUAAGAAGGUCCCUGCCAAAGGACCUCCAGUCAAGAAGUCGCCCGCGAAGAAGCCGCCGGUCACGAAGCCAAGUAAGAAGCCUCCAGGAAAGACACCACCAGGAAAGAAGCCGCCUGCAAAGAAACCACCAGUCAAGACAUCUCCUUCGAAGAAGCCGCCAUCCAAAAAGCCGGACAAAAAGCCGGACAAAAAGCCAGUCAAGAAGUCCUUACCUACCAAGAAGUCAGAAAAGAAGCCAGCGCCUGUCAAGAAGCCCGAAAGCAAGCCGCGGUCUGUCAACAAGCCUGACAAGAAGCCUGACAAGAAGCCUGACAAGAAGCCUGACAAGAAGCCUGACAAGAAGCCUGACAAGAAGCCGGACAAGAAGGCUGAUUCGAAAACACCGUCAAACAAGAAGCCUGAGCCCUCGAAACCUUCAUGGGAGUCGGUUCUCAAAAACCCCUUCAAGAAGAAGCCACCAUCUGACCAAAAGCCAAAACCGGAGGAAAAACCACUGCCAGCCAACAAGACCCCGUCGUCUGAUAAGAAGCCACCACCAGCCAGCAAGCCGUUUUCAGAAAAGCAGCCACCAUCAGAGAAGAAGCCAACAUCAGACAAGACACCACGGCCAGACCACAAGAACCCAUCAGACAAGAAGCCAGAUACCAAGCCGCACUCAGCUGACUCAUCUCCGACAAGACGACCAUGGAAGCCAGGCCUCAAGAAUCCUUUCAAAAAGAAGCCAGCGCCUGACAGUAAGGCACCAUCGGACAAGAAACCAUCAUUUGACAAAGCGCCAUCGUCCGAUCAGAAGCCAUCCCCUACGGCAGAUCCAUCGCGUGAUCAGAAACAGGUGCCCGACCGAAAGACACCCUCUGACAAGUCAGAGUCUCCCAACCCUUUUCCCCGGCUACAGCCAUGGAAAUCAGCUCUCAAGAGUUCCUUCGAUAAGUUGCCAAGCAUCAUCUAUUGCCAGAAGCUUGUGUCCAAGAGCGAAAGCAAGGUCGAAUCCAAUGCCCCCGAUCGAUAA